AUGGUUAACCAUGGAGGAAGGAAUUAACAGGAGUUUGAACGACCAUAGGAUCAAAGGUUCAGGGUUCGUUGCCGCGGUCGUAAAAACAGCAGCAGUCCAGAUCAGAUAAACACCCGCGAGCGCUAUCAGUAAAUCAAUUAGCGGUCGCGACCGCAGCCCGGACACUCGCCGCAAAGCAUUAUGGGAUUGCCACGCAUGCGUACUGCGCCCGCGCCAUGUUGUAAAAUGGCGGCGCACGGUAAGGACGAUUUUGUUACAGGCUCCGAUUUGAGCGAUUUGAGCGACGUUUCUGACGAAGAAUUCGAUGAAAAUGAGGUGGCAGAACUCGACUACGAGUCCGAAGAUGACGGUCGGCAGUAUUGUGUGUGUGGGGAGCCUUCAACCAUGGAGAUGAUCGCGUGCGAUGAUGAUCAGUGUACCGUUGUGUGGUGGCACUAUAGCUGCGCCGGUGUUUGUGCCGAUACAAUCCCAGACACCUGGGUUUGUAGUCGAUGCCUCCCUGGAACGACUGAAGAAAUAGAUUCAUCUCCUGGUCCUGAUCCUACAGUUUCAAGACCACCUCGUUCUCAGAAAACCAGACAGAAACCAAAGAAGACAUCUGAGACUACAGAUGCAGUGACCACAGACGCACAGCCAUCUGCAAAAAAAGACAAAAAAGCUUGAAAGCCUCCAAAGCCUGCUGUAAAACGUCCCGAGGCAAAGUUCUGUGAAGCUGAUGCACUUCAGAAAGCUGACCAUUACUUCAUGUCUGGACUACAGCAGCUGCAGCAGCACCCAAUCUGCCUUGGAGUCUACCCCACCGCGGUCUGCAUGCUGAGUCUCGUCGCGAGCUUGAUGGCCAAGACCAACACCGAAGCAUUGCAAGAUUUCUGCGCGGCUACAGUUAGCGGAUUGUGGUUCGUCAUAACAGCCGGAGAUUCUAAAUAUCUUAAACCAGAAGGCUAUGAGAUUCUUUGGCGAGCCUUUCACAAGUACAGACUGGAGGUAAACGAUAAGUGGAUAGAACUUUUGCAAGCCAUGGGACUGUACAGAGAGGGGCAGCAUGUCCACCUUGUUUGCCAAUUUCUAUUGCAGGCAGUUUUACAGGCUAUCAUUGAAGAUAGAAAUAAACAAGAUAAACCCAUUGACAACCCAGCUGAAACAAAGUCUGAGAGUUUAAGUCCUCAGGAGGAACAGGUUUUGAGAUAUGUAUCUGGAUAUAUUCCAUUUUCUCUGUUCAAAAACUUAAAUAAACAAAAAAAUGACACUGCUAUGACAUACUGUAAAUUCCUUAAAUCCUGGAAAGUAGACUGUAGUGAUGAAACUGCAAGGACAUUUCUCCAAUACACAAACGACUGGAUUGAUAAACAAAAUCGUGGUGGGUUAUUUCGUGUGUCUGAUGGGGUAUAUUUAUUGUUCCGAGCCAUGGAGCAGGAGACAUGCAAGUAUUUGACCAAGAAUAAUCUAAAAACAUUUCAAGGAUGUGAUAUUCAGAGCACGCUUUUGAACAAUAUUAAAGGUAGUCAUCGAGUACAAACCUACUGGUGUAGUCUAACACAAGGAAAGAUAACAGGGGACACUUCAACAAACUUACUGAACAUGACUGUGAAGAAGUGGAUAAAAAUCAGAGCAAAAGCUUUCAUCAAUGUGUAUUUAAACUUGAAGAAAGCAACACAUGGGAAUGUUGGGAAAAAAGCAGAAAAAGCUCUGCGUAAGGAUCUGUAAAUUCUGAUACAUGUACAUCGUACUUUGCAAGUAAAUCAAGUGUCUGGAUUCCAUGUCUCAAUUGUAAUUGUAAGCAUGCUACCCAACAAGCUGAUACACCAGUUCACAAUAUGCAUUACUAUAUUCUA